AUGCAAUUUCCCGAGGAAGAUACUGCAAUCGAUGAGACUACAUCUUUGGUUCGUAGUAGACGGCCCACACAUUCUAUAUUAGAUGCACCUUUAGGUUCGUUCAAAGGUCCAAAUUCUUUACAUAACUUUGCAAGCUCUUUCACAAGAGCACAGUCAUUUGCUGCAUCCAAAAUUGAUAAUGAUAUUCGGAAGAAAAGAUCGUUUUUUUACAAUGAUGACAAUGAUCAGCACGAUUCGGUUGUUGAGGACGAGUUAUUCGAUCCAGAAUUGAUGGUUCCGUCUGCAAGAGGUGAAAGGUUAAGUGUUGUUCUUCACGAUGUCAUUCAUAAAAAUCUGAUUCUUAGUGGGACAGACCUUAACAUGUCGCCCAACAACGAUGUGUUUUAUCAGGAUGAUAUUAUCAACGCGUUGAAUCUGUCUAAAUCAAGGAAGAAUUCCACGUACACAGGUGGUGCGAUGCCGAUCCAUAUUAGCAAGAGGAAGUCAUUUCCAUCGCCAUCGUUCUCCAGCAUUAGAUCGUCGAUUUCGAUGGCUACUACUGCAUCUCGCUUCAAUUUGACGAAGAUAGAGGAUAAGGAAGGUAAUAUUGUUACUGUGUUGGAGGGUCAAUCCACUGCUCCGCAGACCAUAUUCAACUCUAUUAAUGUCUUGAUUGGUGUGGGUCUCUUGGCGUUGCCCGUUGGUAUCUUGAAGGCAGGAUGGGUUAUUGGAGUUCCAUUAUUAGCUUGUUGUGGUUUGACUACGUAUUGGUCUGCUACUUUGUUAUCCAAGGCUAUGGAUACUGACAAGACAAUAAUGACUUAUGCUGAUUUAGGUUAUGCAGCAUACGGUUCAAUGGCAAAAUUAUUUAUUUCUUUAGUUUUUUCCAUGGACCUAUUAGGAGCGGGUGUAUCAUUGAUUGUGCUAUUCAGUGAUUCGCUCUAUGCAUUGUUGGGCGAUGAAGUAGUUUGGACUAAAACAAAGUUCAAGUUGAUCAGUUUCUUCGUUUUAACUCCAUUUACAUUUUUACCGUUGCCUAUAUUAUCCAUCUUUUCAUUAUUCGGGAUAAUAUCUACAAUUUCAAUUACAUUGUUGGUAUUAGUGUGUGGUUUCUUGAAGCCUGAUUCUCCUGGUUCAUUAAUCUCAAUUAUGCCUACCAAUAUGUGGCCGCAGUCAAUCCCGGAUCUUUUAUUGGCAAUUGGUAUCCUUAUGGCACCCUUUGGUGGCCAUGCCAUAUUUCCGAACUUAAAAUCUGACAUGAGACACCCGCAUAAAUUCACUGGAACCUUAUCGACAACAUAUUCAAUUACAUUGGUCACCGACUUAUCUAUGGGUAUUUUAGGAUUCUUGAUGUUUGGAGCAUACUGUAAUAACGAAAUUACAAAUAAUUUAUUACUCACUUCUGGCUACCCUGUCUGGUGUUACCCACUACUCAGUGGUUUAAUAUGUCUUAUUCCAUUAGCUAAAACUCCAUUGAAUGCAAAGCCCAUCAUUUCAACUCUAGAUAUAUUAUUCAGUUUUGACAAAUUAUCCGGGAACAGUUUCAGACGCUUUAUUAACUCCUUCGGAAAGCUUGUUAUUAGGAUUGGCGUUAACGCUGUUUUCGUAGGAUUGGCUAUACUUUUUCCUGAGUUUGACAGAGUAAUCGGCAUUUUAGGAUCUUCAAUUUGCUUUUUGGUUUGCAUCAUAUUACCAUGUUUGUUCUACUUAAAAUUGUGCAACAAUUCCGUACAAGCUUUUGAAAAGGCCAUCGUUUCUAUUGUCAUUUUCAUAUCUAUUAUCUUAGCAUUUGUUGGUACAUGGGCGGUUUUGAACUUUUAA